AUGUUCAGUGGCGUCUACAGCGCCGCAGUUUGUUGUCCAGGAGUGAUGGGGGCGUACGAACCACGGAUCGAAGCCACAUUCCCUUCCAAGAUCAUCGCCGUUCAGGGACACAGUCUCAGGCUCGAGUGCUUUGCUCUGGGAAACCCCGUGCCGCGGCUGUCGUGGUCGCGAUCCGGCGGGGAGCUGCCGCCGUCGGCGCGUCUCUCCGAGUCGGGCUCCCUGCUGGAGAUCCCCGCGGUGCGCGAGUCGGACGGAGGCACCUACACCUGCUCGGCACGCAACGCCGCCGGGGGCAACGCAGUCAACGGCACCGUCACGGUGCGCGCUGCCCCGCGCUGGCUGCUGCCGUUGCGCGACGCGGAGCGCGGAGUGCACGAGGCGCUGCGCUGGCCGUGUCGAGCCAGCGGCUCCCCGGCUCCAUCCUACGCCUGGCUCAAGGACGGCUCCCCCCUCGCCACCAGCACCACCACCAGCAGCAGCAUCAGUAGCAGCAGCAGCACCAGCAGCAUCAGUAGUAGCAGCAGCAGCAGUAGCAGCACCAGCAGCAGCAGUAGCAGCAGCAGCGUGCAAGGCCGCGUGCGCGUCGCGUCCCACGCGUCCGGCGACCUGCUCGUGUCCCCGCUGCUGCUGUCCGACGCCGCCAUGUACCAGUGCGUGGCCUCCAACAGCUUCGGCAGCGUCACCUCGGCCGCACGGCUCCGCGUCUCAGGCUCCGUGCCGGACUUCACGGGCCACGAGUUGCCCGCGGAGACGGUGGCCGUCAGCGGAGGCCGGGCCAUCAUCCCGUGCCACCCCAGCGCGUGGCCUGCCCCCCGCGUCACCUGGAGCGGCCCAAACGGCACCAUCGGCCCCGACUCCUCCGCCAGGCUCCGCGUGCUCGAGGACGGGAGCCUGAUGUUCGCGUCCGUGGCGAGCGGAGACGCGGGCAGCUAUUCCUGCACGGCGCACAACGUGCUGGGACAGGCGCAGAGCGCUGGGACACUCACCGUGAAAGAGGCGACCCGCAUCACGGCUGCCCCCAGCGGGGGGCUGGUGGCGUUCGGCCACCGGGCGGUGUUGUCGUGCCGCGCCUCCCACGACCCCUCGCUCCGCGUCGCCUUCCUGUGGAGCCGCGGCGAACACCACCUCGGAGGCAGCGGCAGGAGGGAGCAGUUCACGCACGCGGGCAUGGGGAGCUCCGCGUCCGAUCUGGUGCUGAAGCCGGUGAGCCCCGCCGACUCGGGGCCCUACGCCUGCACGGCGCGCACAGACGUGGACAGUGCCACGGCCUCCACGUGGCUCAACGUCACCGGCCCUCCGGACCCGCCGCGGUCCGUGGUGGCGACAGACGUGACCACCACCUCGGUCUCCCUGUCUUGGGUCCCCGGCUUUGACAACUACAGCCCCGUGACGGCCCACAGGGUGGAGAGCCGCUGCGGCCACUGCGGCCGCUGGGCGACCGCCACGACCGAGCCGGCGAUCAUCGCGGCCGACAGGAACGGUGCCCGGGUCACGGGGCUGACCCCUUGGACGGAGGCGGAGUUCCGCGUGGUCUCCAGCAACGCACACGGGGACGGCGCGCCCAGCGCCUCCUCGGGGUUCCUCCACACCCUCCCCACCGCUCCCGUGGUCAUCCCCGAGGGGCUGUCUGGGGGAGGAGGAAGUCAUCCGGAACUCGUCAUCACCUGGAAGCCCGUGGAGCGCCGCCUGCACUUCGGGCCCAGCCUGGGCUACGUUGUUGCGUUCCGUGAGAACGCCACCGCGACCCUCUGGCGCCACGUGACGGUCCCCGCGUGGAACGCGUCGCGCUACUCGCACCGCCGCUCCGACGGUGACGCAGCGCGGCCCUUCACGGCCUUCCUCGUGCGGAUCCGGGCCUUCAACGGCGCCGGCGAGGGCCCAUUCGGCAACGCCACGCUGGUGCACUCGGCCGAGAGAGCACCCAUCGUGGCACCUGUGGGCGUGCGCGCGAGGGCCCUGUCGUCAUCGGAGGUGGACAUCGCCUGGCAACCGCUUCCAGCCGCCCUGAUCAGCGAACAGCGCAUCCACGGCUAUGAGGUGGCGUACCGGCGAAGCGUGGACGCGCCGGAGGGCGCCAUAGCCCGGCUGAGGACGCCGGGCGGUGCCAAGGCCCACGUCCGCCUGCUGGGCCUUCGCGAGCACACGGAGUACGAGGUGACGGUCCAGGCCUUCAACAGCGCCGGGACGGGGCCUUCCGGCGCGGCGAGCCUGGUCACAACUAGGAAAGCACCUCCGAGCAAGCCGCCCAGAAUCACCCAGUGGCGGACGGACGGCGUGCACGUGACCCUCAGCUGGGAGCACGUCGCCCCUCUCGACAACGAGUCCGCCGUCACCGGCUACAAGGUUCGAUACCGCUCGCUGGGACAGGCGGGCGCCCGCGAGCUGCUCACCAACGAGACGCGGGUGGAGAUCCCCUUGCCGGUCGGGGGUCGUGGCGGUGGUGGUGGUGGUGGCGGUGGUGGUGGUGGUGGCACGGCGCUCGUGGUGGAGGUGCGAGCCUGCAGCGCCGAGGGCGAGGGGAGUGCCAGCACGCAAGUGCGGGUGCCGCACAGGGCGAGCUCCGGGAUGAAGCUGGGAGGAUCGUUCAGCUCGGCGGGGGUCACCACGAUGUCUGCGAGUCCGUGGGGCCUCACACUCAUCCACGUCGCGCUCGCAUCUCUCUUAGCGCGAGAGCCGUUCUCCUAG